AUGGGACAUACAAAGUCGGUCUUUUGGAGCACUUUGGAGCAUUUGGGACGUGAGGAGCAAGGAAGGACUUGGUGCAUGGACGCAGCUCAACCAGACACGCAUAGGACGAAGGAGGAAGUCAUCUUGAAGUCAGCUCGACCACCUACUCGACCGGCCAAGCUACAAAUCGAUCGAGCUGAGGAGUCAAAGUCAAACCCGAAAAAUGUUGCUUCCCCUUUGACUCCCCUUUGA